UGUUUUCAACCAAGCUGGAAAAAUGUUUUCUUAGCAAAAUAGAAGAUUUUAACUAUGAUAAAUCAUUAACCAUGAGUGAACGAGUGCAGCGGGAACAUCGAUAGUACAAAACAGCCAUCUGCGUACGCUUUAAUCAGCUAUAAUCAACGAGUUUUACAAGGAAUACCACUGCACCGGAACAAUGACCCUAGCCGCCGAGGAUAAACUACUGGAGACGGUCCUGCAAGAGUACAAAAUUUUAACCGAAUAUGAGCGUCUCCAAAGCGAAGAUCUAGGCGGAGUUUAUGUAACUCCGUCGUACGACAAUCCCUUCCUUUGGUUUGGGGUCAUAUUCGUGCGUGGUGGCCUGUACAAAGGGGGAGUAUUUAGAUUCAGCGUUUUGCUUCCAAACCUUUUCCCCAACGAUAGUGCAGUUCCGGUAAUCACUUUUCAAAGUGAAGUCUUUCAUCCACUAAUUCGCCCAUCGGACGGUGUGCUAGAUUUGUCGGAUACCUUUCCCAAAUGGCGAGUCGGAGAAACUUACAUCUGGCAGAUCCUUAAAUUUGUACAGUUCAUCUUUCAAAGCCUAGAAGAGCACACAAUACAAACAGAAGAAGUUGCCAAUCGUGAUGCCUAUGAAAUGAUGCACGACAAUCGGGCCGAAUUCAUACGGCGCGUUGAACAGUGCAUCGAUGAAAGCCAAUCUAAGUUGUACGAUCUUCCACCAAAGCCGGACAGAAAUUACAUUUGUUUCGAUCGGUUCAACCCGGAAGUACACGGACCGAUACUAGAGUCGAUGAAGCAGAACAAAGUGGCCGAAGUAACGACACCUCCCUCUUCGGGACUAUCUUGGGUGCGGAAGGGUCUGUAUCAACCGCUCACUAAGUAGUGCUCCAGUUAACGUAAAUUUGUUACAACAAAAUAGAAAAACCACACAACGCCAGAAGGAACUAAAUUCAAUUUUAAAUAGUUUUAUUUUAUUUCAUUUUAAAUACACACUGUGUCUCUUGAAACGAACAAUUUAACUAUACACUAAUACUUGUGAAUAUGCUAAUAAAAUGCGAAACGCACUACAAU